GAAAAACAAUUAGUAGCAUAAUUCAUAACGUAUGGUUAAUUAUUGAGUAAUGUGGUUAUAUAGGUUUUCUUUUUGAAGAUUUUGAAAGAAUUCAGUGAACCUUAUUGAACGUUGGUUAUAGCUUGUGACUAUCAUUUGGUGAAAUUCUCAAUAUUGUUAUGGGAAUAGCUAAGUCUGAGGUUGGACUAGGUUGAUAGAAGUUGAGGCAAUUUUGAAAAUAAAGCCAGGUUUCAUUUCUCCCUAUUCUUCCCGUACUUCCCCUUUCUUGCUUGCAUUGGUCUGUGCAUUUACAUUUUUAAGAGAAAAAAAAAAUGUAGGUAAAAAUGAAAGGAAAAAGAACAAAUUGUUAAGUCAUUGUAUCUCUGUGUAUGAUUGGGUUCUUGCAUAUUUGUUUCCAUAUUUUGGUGUAUCUAAUUUUGAUUAAAUGACUUGCCUGAGGCUGUUUUUUAUAUCCAUCUUUAUCAAUGAACUGGUGCCUUAGUCAUUGAGUUUUUGGGAAUGUUCACAUGCUAGAGUCUGGUUUUGUGUUGUGAACUACUUGCUCAUUGUCUAAUGAGUUCCAUCUGUUGAGUAACUUAAUACAGUGUAUGCAAAAUGGCUGGUGUGAAACGAAGAAUUUUUACUGGUCAAGAUAUCCAUGCUCUCUACAAAGAACUGGAUGAAGUCUCAUGCCCAAUCUGCAUGGACCAUCCACAUAAUGCUGUCCUCCUCUUGUGCAGCUCACGUGAAAAGGGUUGCAGAUCUUACAUUUGUGAUACAAGUUACAGGCAUUCAAAUUGCCUGGAUCGUUUUAAAAAAUUAAGGGAUAAUUCUAGGAAUAAAUCAACAUUACUCCAUCCUGUACCUACAAACUUGCAACGUUCUGAUAUUUUUGAUGUAAACUUGGCUUCAAGAACUGAUUUGAUUGAAAAUGGAAAUCACAACCUGAAUGAAACAAAUGGCAGCACAUUUGUUAGAUUACAAGGAAACAUCCAAGAUCCUAGUAGGCAUCUGGAUGCACAGGGAGAAGGCAUUCUGGAAAUAGGGGAUUCUGUAUCCUUGCGGGAAAGAGUUGAAUUAGAAGAGUUAGACUCUGGGAAUUCAUCAGAAUCUAAACCAAGAUUGAAAUGCCCUAUGUGUCGGGGAGAUGUGGUUGGCUGGGAGGUUGUAGAAGAAGCCAGAAAAUACCUUAACUUGAAGAAGAGAAGUUGUUCUGGGGAAUCAUGUUCCUUUUCUGGAAAUUACCAGGAGUUGCGUCGGCAUGCCAGAAAGGUUCAUCCAACUACACGGCCGUCAGAUAUUGACCCAUCAAGAGAACAAGCCUGGCGCCAUUUUGAGAAUCAAAGAGAUAUUGGUGAUGUUAUGAGUGUUAUUCAUUCGGCCAUUCCUGGCGGUGUUGUGGUUGGGGACUAUGUCAUUGAAAAUGGAGAUAGGGUCUCUGCUGGAAGGGUAAGUGGACAGGGUGAAGUUAGCACCCCUUGGUUUACCUCCCUCUUUUUGUUUGAGCAGGUGUUUAGUCCAAUUGACGGUAUUGGUGAACCAAGGGUCAGGUCAAGGGCUUGGUCAAGGCAUCGGCGCAAUGCUGGGGCUUUGUCUGAGCGUCGUUACCUCUGGGGUGAGAAUCUGUUGGGUCUACAUGAUGAUGAUGACGACGAUGACGACGUGCCUAUAUUCAGUGAUGUAGAUGAAGAUGCAUCUCCAAUUCCAAGAACACGUCGACGUGUGAUGCGGUCAAGGUCAGAUGAAGACCAAUCAUGAUAGUAGUCAGAGUGAUCCUGAUGUUCCAGUAAUAAACAAAAACUGCCUUAAAACUGGAUUUCUUUGCUGGUGUCUCUUAUUAUGGGUUCUGAAGAUGCAUGAAGUGGAAAGGAAGCUUGUUUCCAGCAUCAUUGUGUAUAUUCAAUCUGGAAGAAGAGGAGGACAGGAUGCUUAUUGUCUGAUAAGAAUCCUCUUUCUUAGCUUCCAUAGAAAUGCUCAUUUUCAAAUUUCAAUUGGGAUUUCUCCCAGUGUCUUGUUUAGAUCUUUCAUUUUAGUAUCUGGUGAUGUUUAUUUGUAAUCUAUUUCUUCCUCAUGUAAACAAAUGCACACAUUCAUUCUCCCCUGUGCUUUCGAGGUUCGCUCUCUAUGAUGUUUGGCUCGCUUAAUGCAAAUCAUAGUUUCUAAUUAU